UUUUUUGUUACCCUAGUUACCAGAUGAUACACUGUGCUAUUUUGUUAUUUUACAUGUUCCCUUGAAAAUAACCUGUCUAAAAACGUUGCGUGUCCUAACUCAUUCUUUAUAUUUGCAUUUGUGCACUCAGGAGAGUCAACAGACCCCGUCUGAAUGAAAGACAGGCUCGUUAAAGUAAUAUUGGACUCUUUGUCUUGUUAGUUUCUUUGUCGUUUGAAAAGCUGCUAGGAGUGUUUGCCAAAAUUUAAGUCGACGUUCAUCGCGCUAUUUAUUGUAUUGUGUUUAUUACAGGCGUUAUCUGGUUAUACUUUGAAACAGAUUGUAGUUUUAUCACAUCUACUUAAGGUCAACGAUAUUUCUUUACAGCAAUGAACUUGUUUUAUACAUUUACUAUGUUUGUUCUCUUGCGUGAAUCGUCCAGCAAACAGAAUUCAAACCGUGGACAAGCAAAGUUUCCAAGGCCCUUCGUCAGUAAUUUUAGUGACAUACGAAUUGGUGGACUGUUUCCAAUCCACAUACGUGAAUCUAAUGACUCACUGUGUGAUCUACGUGUUCCUAAAUACUCCUAUAUUCUUGACCACGACCGUAUUCCGAGGUGUUACAGAUUGAACAACGCUGGAGUUAUAUGGAGCGAGACGUUACGCUUUUCUGUCGAGGCCAUGAGACCUGGGUUUUUUAAUGUGACAGAUGUCACAGUUUUUCAUUAUCUUGGCUUUGUAACGUCUACUAAUUUGACAUUGGGCUAUGAUAUUCGGGACUCACUUAAUAACGUCGACGUCGCCCUUGAAGCUGCUUUGGAUUAUACUUUGCUUCGAUCUCGAAAGCCAGACAGAAAUAGCUCUCAAAAGUGCUCUUGCAACGACAAUACCACGGAACCGUACAUAGUCACUUUGAUUGGUGGAGCACGCUCAGAGAUAUCGCAACGUGUUAAUGCGAUUGCUGGCGUAUCAUCACUUCCACAAAUUAGCUACUCUAGUACUAGUGUCUCUUUGAGCAACAAGGAAGCAUACAGGACUUUCAUGCGUACCAUACCUCCAGAUAAUUAUCAAGCCCGUGCUAUGGUUGAUAUCGUGAAACAUUUCAACUGGUCAUAUGUUGCAACAGUAGCGACAGAUGAAGAUUAUGGUCGUGGUGGAGUGGAGGUCUUUAACCAAUUAGCACGACGUUAUAACAUUUGUAUCUCGUUAGAACGGCUCUUUCAUUUCAACAUUAGCUCUGAAGAUACGAAACAAGAAAUUCGGAGUAUUGUCAGAGAUUUAAAAAAAAAUGAAAGAACCAACGUGAUUGUGUUGUUUUGCGAGCGUCCACGAGCUGUCGCUGUGCUUAAAGAAGCUCAAAAACAAGGUUUAACUGGGAAAACGUGGAUUGCCACCGAGGAUUGGGGAUUCAGUGAUAGCGUUUAUGAUUUUGAUUUAUCGACAGUGGGUGGUAUGGUGGGUAUCGUUACACAUACUCCCACUGUACCCAUAUUUGAACAACAUUUGAGAAAGUUCAACUUAACCAUGGAAAACCCUUGGAUCUUAGAGUAUGUACGCGAACAUGAUUUUAACGUAACUGCUUUGAAUCUAACGAGAAGCAAAACAUCUUAUAUUAUGGAUGCUGCUUAUACUGUUGCAUUGGGAUUACUUGAGUACAUGAAUUGUACUAAAACAAAACCAAAAACUUACGAGAAUUGCAAUAGUAGUUAUAUAAAGAAUAUUGACUUGGAAAGGUUAAGAAUGUAUAUGUUACAGGUGAAUAUAACUGGAUCCAGUAGUAGGUUGUUGAGUUACAAUGAAGAUGGAAAUCCAGAAGUGAUCUAUUACAACAUCAGCAACCUUCAACCUUCAACCAAAAAUAAAAAAGGAAAAAGUUUUGUGUUCGUUGGCAGUUGGUCCAAUGGUUUACUGAAAAUUCGGAGUCCCAUUUACUGGAACGGUGGUCGAAACACCACCCCUGUCUCGGUGUGUUCGUUUCCAUGCCCCGGGAUGGAUUGUAUACUCUGUCCACCCGGACAAUUUAAAGUCGGUAUCGGACCAAACCAAUGCGAGGAAUGUCCUAACGGUUUUACAUCUGAUUCUAAUCGUACGCGAUGCUUGCGCAUACCAGAAGAGUUUAUCCGUUGGGAUUCGGCAACUGCUGCCGUAUUGACAUCGUUUUCUGUGUUCGAAAAUACGUCUAUUUGUCAUGUUCAGCCUAUAGCAUUUGGCUUACUCAUGACUUUAGCAUCUUCACUGGUGCUAACCAAAACAUUUCGACUCAUUCAGAUCUUUAAUAACGUUGUAACCAACAUCAAAGAUAAAUCCCUGGUUACAAUGAAGACUCAGUUUCUCAUGGUUUUCGUUUUGCUCGUUAUUGAAGCUAUUCUGAUAGCAGUAAUGGUGGAUGUGCAUCCUAUUAAAUUGCAAUUCUUCGUAAGAGAGACCGCUGUACCUAUCGGUUGCAAUGAUUCUGCACGUGAUCUGCAUACCGCUGUACUUUUGUACAACUGGCUUUUAUCUAUGGUGUGUGCAAUAAUGGCAUUUCGUGCUCGUUCCCUUCCAGCCAACUUUAGCGAAGCACGUUUGAUUACUUAUGCUAUGUUUUCAUUUUCAGUAAUAUGGCUUUCCUUUAUUAUCGUCUUCACAGGAAGUAUUCUUGAUCGUUUUGCCAUUUAUAUUUGUGUCGCUAUUUUAGCGACUGCCGUGGAUCUUCUUGCAUGUAUGUUUGCACCCAAGAUAUAUGUGAUUCUCUUUAAGCCUGAACUCAAUCAAAUGGAAGUUGUUCGUGCUGAUAUAUACCGCUAUACAAUGAAACAGCGGGCGCGAUCACUUUCUCCCAAUCCCGAAUCCAGUGAAACUCAACACGUGAGAAAUACGUUAGAUGGUACUUUACCUCGUAGAAAAUCUGCACACAGCAUACAAGACGCUAAGUUGUGAAACUAGCCAAGUGAUGAAGUUUGAGUUUUAAAAGCUCUAAGUUUUUCACGAAAAAUCAUCGGACGUCGACCCAGCAGUUUAAUCAAAAAAGAGCAACUCAGUGUAUGAAUGUUUUAGAAUUUGCUCCCUAGUUGUGAAAGACAUUUAUGAUGAUGAAAAUAUUAACAUGUUAUAAAAAUAUUGAUUGUAAAUAUCCUUGAUUAUGAUGGAUAAUAAAGUAAAAUUUACAGCUCCAAUCGUUUAUUAUGCAAACUUUAAAUUAUCCUUUUAAAUGGUCAAAGAAAUAUGGUUAGUCAAUACACAAUGAUGUAAAUAACUUACAAAACAAUGCAUUAAAAAUAAAUUUCACGUUUAUUUCAAUUUA